CCCGACUUCAACCAGGAAGUUCAUACCUGGUCGUGUACAAACACAAUUGUUACAAAGAAAGCUGACUUCACCGCGCCACACAUUGUCGGGCCGAGGGAUUUUAUUUAAUAUCUUGCAAGCAUUCACAACGACUUACAACACUUUUUUUUCUGUGCAAGCUGAAACGAAUUUCAUUUUUUUUUUUAAAAGCUCGAAACGUGUGUCUUGUUGUCAUGUAACAUCACUCGACAGUCGCCGUGCUCAUCGCCAUGUUCAGUUGUCUUGUGCAAGCGGACGUCAUACUGCAUUUCAAAACCAGGUAAGUGUUUUGUUUACUAAGAGUCCUGGGUUGCCAAGUGGCUAGGAUAGCUCACACCGGUUCGACCGUGGUGGGACAAGGUAUUGAUAGGGGCCAGUGGGAGGUUCGCCUUAUCCAAAGGUUUAUCGGUUGGAUUAUCGUUAUCUCAUGAUUAAAGCCAUUGUAAUUAGCAAAGAUAAACUUGUCGUUGUCUAUUUUUGACAUAUGUCACAUGUUGGAAUAGUAAAGUGUUGCUGGUUAAAGCUAAGAAGGACGUCAGCUGUGGAAUGGAAGAAAGGUUGGUGCAUUUGUAGAAAACACUGAACAUCUCACAUUAACGCCACCAAAGGCAGACAGGGAAAUAUUGGUAACAAAACCCUGAUGUGGCAUUCAACUUUUAAAAAGGAACGAGUUUCAAAAUAAAAGAAAAAAAAACAGCCAGCCUAUUGGAUUAUGUUGUAUCUACUGAACAGCCUAUUGGAUGAUGUUGUAUCUGAUGAACAGCCUAUUGGAUUAUGUUGUAUCUACUGAACAGCCUAUUGGAUGAUGUUGUAUCUACUGAACAGCCUAUUGAAUCAUGUUGUAUCUACUGAACAGCCUAUUGGAUGAUGUUGUAUCUACUGAACAGCGUAUUGGAUGAUGUUGUAUCUACUGAACAGCCUAUUGAAUCAUGUUGUAUCUUCUGAACAGCCUAUUGGAUGAUGUUGUAUCUACUGAACAGCGUAUUGGAUGAUGUUGUAUCUACUGAACAGCCUAUUGAAUCAUGUUGUAUCUUCUGAACAGCCUAUUGGAUGAUGUUGUAUCUACUGAACAGCGUAUUGGAUGAUGUUGUAUCUACUGAACAGCCUAUUGGAUGAUGUUGUAUCUACUGAACAGCCUAUUGGAUGAUGUUGUAUCUACUGAACAGCCUAUUGGAUUAUGUUGUAUCUACUGAACAGCCUAUUGGAUUAUGUUGUAUCUACUGAACAGCCUAUUGAAUCAUGUUGUAUCUACUGAACAGCCUAUUGGAUGAUGUUGUAUCUACUGAACAGCCUAUUGGAUGAUGUUGUAUCUACUGAACAGCCUAUUGAAUCAUGUUGUAUCUACUGAACAGCCUAUUGGAUGAUGUUGUAUCUACUGAACAGCCUAUUGAAUCAUGUUGUAUCUACUGAACAGCCUAUUGGAUGAUGUUGUAUCUACUGAACAGCCUAUUGGAUGAUGUUGUAUCUACUGAACAGCCUAUUGAAUCAUGUUGUUACUUCUGAACAGCCUAUUGGAUGAUGUUGUAUCUACUGAACAGCCUAUUGGAACAGCCUCCUGGUCUUUAUUCUGUUUACUAUAGAAUUCGGUGUUCUUUUAUAUUGAUGUUUUAUUUUUGAGUAUUUUGUGUCUGCUGACGUACGCAUUGUUUUGGACCUAUAUUCUUUCUUUUGCAUACGUUGGUAAGUCAUUCCUUUCAUUUAAGAAGAACCCUAAGCAUUUCAUUGGAUUUAAUUUGUCAAAAUAAGGUUUCUAAUUUGAAUGUUUACCACGCUCUGUCCUUGACCUAGUCUCUUUUGUUCUCUUGACCUAGUCUCUGUCCUUCUCUUGACCUAUUAUCUGCCCUUCUCUUGACCUAGGCUCUAUCCUUCUCUUGACCUAGUCUCUGUCCUUCUCUUGACCUAGUCUCUGUCCUUCUCUUGACCUAGUCUCUGUCCUUCUCUUGACCUAGUCUCUGUCCUUCUCUUGACUAGUAUGUGUCCUUCCCUUGGUCUAGUCUUUGUCCUUGACCUAGUUACUAUACUUCUUUUGACCUAGUCUCUGUCCUUCUCUUCACCCAAUCUCUGCCCUUGGCCUAGUCUCUUUGCUUCUGUUGACUUAGUCUUCGCCCUUCACUUGACCUAGUCUCCAUCCUUCUCUUGACCUAGUCUGUGUCCACUGAUUUUUUCCUCUGGUGUCACUAUGCAUGCGUCUUAUAACUCUCUAGCUUCAUGUCAAGAACAAAAUAUAUAUAAAUAUGAUUUCUUCAUAUUAUAACCGUCACUCACAGGCACAUUUCAAAUGUUCUCUAUUUUUUCCCUUUAAACCGUCCGCUGACGAAGGCCUCCAGCCGAAAAAACCAUUUGAUUUACUCCCCCCCCCCCCACUUUUCCCCUUUUUAAAAAAAAAAGCUUUUCCCAACAUGUUCUACUAUUUCCUUAACAUACUUGAAAGUAGUCCUAUAUAUAUUUAUUUUAUGUUCAACAAUAUAAAAGAUAUGUCUUCUUUUUUCCCUGGCCUUCGUCUAAACAGAAAUUCCUUAGAAUAUUGUCACUGAAACUUGACUUGGGCUUUUGAGUUGUUCAAUGUUAUAUGUAUCAGUCUUGUAGAUUGCUGGCUAUGCCAACGUCCUGCGCGGGUCUCAUAAAGAUAUCUACUUUUGAGGAUGUCGUGGGCCAUUUUGAAAGUCCGCAUCUAGACGUUGCACAAUAAAAUUAUGUUUGUAACAUAUCUCAAUGAGGCAUCUGAUGGUGAAAAUGGGAUUUGUCGUUAAUCUGUUUUGUCUCAAGCAGAUCUAGUACAUCUUCAGUGCACUGUUCGCAUCUCUUGCCAAUUAGUUUCGCCAGUAUCUUGACAAUUAGUUUUGCCAGUAUCUGGUACGUUACAUUUAAAAGGUAACUUCCUGUAUAGUUUGCGCAUUGAAGCUUGCCAAAUAUUUAAUAAUAAGGACAUAUGAUUGAGGGUGUACUUCCUUCUUCAAUAUUGAAUAAGUUCUGUUGUGAUGAGAUCUUCCCGGGGGGGGGGGGUGGGGUGGGGGGGGGGGCUUUGGGGUUGUUUGCGUCUGUUUUUUUUNGCGACGAUCUUAAACUGUUGCCCUGAUACGUAGGGCAUCAUGCGACGAUCUUAAACUGUUGCCCUGAUACGUAGGGCAUCAUGCGACGAUCUUAAACUGUUGCCCUGAUACGUAGGGCAUCAUGCGACGAUCUUAAACUGUUGCCCUGAUACGUAGGGCAUCAUGCGACGAUCUUAAACUGUUGCCCUGAUACGUAGGGCAUCAUGCGACGAUCUUAAACUGUUGCCCUGAUACGUAGGGCAUCAUGCGACGAUCUUAAACUGUUGCCCUGAUACGUAGGGCAUCAUGCGACGAUCUUAAACUGUUGCCCUGAUACGUAGGGCAUCAUGCGACGAUCUUAAACUGUUGCCCUGAUACGUAGGGCAUCAUGCGACGAUCUUAAACUGUUGCCCUGAUACGUAGGGCAUCAUGCGAUGAUCUUAAACUAUUGCCCUGAUACGUAGGGCAUCAUGCGACGAUCUUAAACUGUUGCCCCAUCGCGUUUUCAUUUAAUUGUAUACACACACAUAUAGAUGCGAAGGACUCCAAAUAAUGAACUAGGAGCCAUCCAUGUUGUGUACAAAAUGAGGGCAAAGAGGGUUGUUCAUUUUUGGAUCUUUUGCGUUAAGAUGCGAAUCCCCCCCGCCCCGUGUGGGGAGAGGGGUCAUCAGAUUGUGUACGCACAUUUACGCACCAUCCGUCCCAACAACAUCUGUGACGUCCGUGAUCCAAUUAUAGCCAAGGCUGUACAAGUAUCCCCAGAAAAAGUCUUUAAAUAGCGUCAGACUACUGCUUAGUGCUUCUAACAAAUAAAUAUCGCUAGUGGCUACGUUAAGUCAACUGUUCGCCUGUUUAAGUUUCAGUGCGUGUGACGUAAUUAUUUUGUUGGGCUGAACCAAAGAUUAUUGUUGCUAGGCCAGGCCCUAGAUAUAAGAACCCUUGAUAUCAUUUUAAAAUCUUCAACACCUUUUAAGGGUUGCUUCGUUCAAUGGCCGUGUUCGUCCUAAUUGUCUAGAAACCAGUGGUUCUCACACUUGCUAAUGCCGCGACCCUUUAAUACAGUUUAUCAUGUGGUGGUGACCCCUAACUCCCAAUCAUAAAAUUAUUUUCGUUGAUACAAUCAUAAAUAUGUGUCAAAAGGCUCGCGACCCACAGGUUUAGAACCACUGCUGUAAACAAAAUUAAAAUGGGUGGGGUGAAAAAUUGUAUUUCAUUAUUAUAUCGACCUAUGCCUGGACUUGGACAUGAUUUUUGGAUUGCGACUUGGAAUGUACUAAGCCUGUUUAGAGCCGGAGCCUUAGCCAACCUUGUAAAUCAGCUGGUCAAAUAUAAAAUAUAUAUUGCUACAUUGCAAGAAAUUCGUUGGUAAAAUUCAAGCAUCCUCAAAACAAAAGAAUACACCAUAUUUUAUAGUGGUAACAACAACAACACACUAGGAACAGAAUUUUCGUGGAAAAAAGAAACAGUCAGUGCAGUCAUAGGCUUCAAACCUGAAAAUGAAAGAUUGUGUUCUUUGCGUGUUCGAGGACAAAUGUUCAAUGUAACAUUUAUCAAUAUACGUGCUCCCACCAAAGAUACGGAAGGUCAGGAUACAGAAUCCUUUUAUGAGACACUGGAAAAGAUUUACGAAGAGGCACCACUACAUGAUAUUAAAAUAGUGAUUAGAGAUUUGAAUGCCAAAAUAGGAAAAUAAAAAGUGUUCAUUCCAACUUUUGGCAAGGAAAGUCUGCAUGGAGAAUCCCAUGACAACGGGAUCCGACUCAUAGACUUUGCUUUAGGAAAAGGGAUGUCAGUUAGCAGCACCAAGUUACCGCACAAAAAUAUACACAAAGUUACUUGGAACUCACCAGCUGGAAUCACCCACAACCAAAUUGCCCAUAGCCUUAUCGAUCGGGGGCAUGGAUCAGACGACAUACUAGAUGUAAGUUAAGCUAUCGAAGAGCGGAUGCACACUCGGACCAUCUACUUGCAAGGGUUAAAUAUAAAAAGAUAAUAGGCAUAAUUCACAAUGGUCGUACUCAACGAGAGAAACGAUACGAUUACCAAAAACUUACCAAAGACCCACUAACCACAACAGUUUAACAAAAUGAAGUAGAAGCACAAUUAGAAGCAUCGCAGGAGGAAGAAAACAAGGAAAACAACAAAAAUGAACAGUGGGAUAGGAUACAAAAUGCCAUUAAAAGAUCAGCAGAAAAAGUAGUGGGAUUUCAGCAAGCCAACAAUAGAGUAGGCUGGUUCGACAAGGAAUGCAGAGAGACUGCGGAAGAAAGAAACAAGGCACGAAUGAUCAUGUUACAAAGGGAAACCAGAAAGACAACACAAACAUACAAGGAAGCCAGAAUAAAAGCAACAAACAUGUGUAGGAAGAAAAUUAGGGAAAGGGGAAAAGCUAAACUAAAAGAAAUAUGACUUAUGAGGUAAACAUCAGAGGAAUGUGCAUGACGAUAAAAGAUGAAAAGAAUGGAUACCAAGCUUGACCGCAAAUAUGUAAGGGCCAGGAUGGAGAAUUAAUUACGGAAAAUAAUAAAGUACUGGAGAGGUGGGCUGAAAAUUGUGAGGACUUACUGAAGGCAGACAAUAGACAAGAUGAAGAUUUACACACCACCCCAGGGAGGACCAGGACCUUUUUAUGAACUCCCCAACUCUAGAAGAAACUAAAACAGUAAUCAAUUAUAUGAAAAACCACAAAGACCCUGGAGAAUACAUCAUCGCAGCGGAACUUAUUCAAUAUUCAGGAAGAGAACUAUACACUCAGAUAACUAGACUUAUAACUGAAAUUUUUUAUCUAAAAAGUGAAGAAAAUUCCAACAGAAUGGGAAACAUCAUUAAUAAUCCUACUACACAAGAAAGGCUCCAAACUUCAGUGCACAAACUACAGGGGAAUCUCCCUAUUAAAUGUCUCAUACAAAAUACUGACGGGGCUUAUUGCCAAAAGACUACAACCGAACACUGAAGAUAUAUUAGAUGAUUUCCAAAGUGGAUUCAGAAAAACAGAUCAACGACUGAUCAGAUUUUCAUCAUGAGAUGCCUUUUAGAUAAAUGUUAUGAAUAUAAUACCCCAGUACAUCGACUACAUGUUAAAGAAAAUAUAUGUAUGAAAAUCUGCGGGAGUUUUGCAUACCAAACAAACCGACAAUACUGAUACAUUGAACAACUCAAAAGAAAAAUCAAGGUUCAAGGAGAAUAUUCAAGUGAAUUUCAGAUUAGAUGAGGCCUAAGACAAGGAGACUCAAUGUCUUGCAUGCUAUUUAACCUAAUAUUAGAGAGAUAUUUAUAUGAAGCAUACAUAUUGAAAGAAACGAAGUACUAACAGAAAUAAAAGAAAGAAAAUCUGCACGGAAACAGGGCAUACUUCAGUAGUCAGAAAAUAAUCAAAAGUAAAAGCAUUACAAGAGAAACAAGAGAAACAAAGAAAACUAUUUAUAAAACUGUAAUCAGGCCAGUUGUAACACAUGCAAGCGAAACGUGGACCCUGACAGAACACGGCAGAAAACCUAUAAAACACAUGGGAGAGAAAAGUUAUCAGAAAUAUAUGUACCAACAAAGGAUGAAUAUGGAUGGAGAUACGAACCAACAUUGAAUUGUAUAGUCUAUAUCAGGAUCCCACGAAGGUAGCAAAAAAGGGCAGGACACUUAUAGAGAUUGCCAAAUGACAAAGGAGUGAAGAGGGUGCAUCACCAAAAGCCCAGAGGAAAACAGCUCAAAAGCAGACCUAGGCUUGGAUAGAUGUAUGAUGUCGGAAAAAAUCUACAACAACGGGGAAUCGAAGCAUGGAAAAGAAAAGCAUCUGUUAGAUCUGAGUGGAAGAAAGUGGUGAGGCAGGCUAAAUCCCUACAUUGGCUGUAGCGCAAUGGGGAUGGAUAGAUGGGGUGAAAAAUUAUAUUUGUACGCAGGAAUUGGGGGGGGGGGGGUAAAAAUAUGUACCGGUAAAACAAAGAGGUACAACAAGGGGGUACAACAAGGAGAGAUGGUAUGCACAUUAAACUUAAGAUGUAAGUAAAAUAAAGAAGACUGCAUCAUCCUUUAAAUAACUAAUAACAACAUCACUAAUAAUCACGUCACAAUAAUAACAUGGUUAUAUACAUCACUAGUGACAUUUCUACUAACAUUACUGAUAACAUUACUAAUGACUCGUAGCUUAUAACAUUAAUAAUACUCCGCUAUACAUACAAGCCUCACGCCCCGCUCCCCUUCACGCCCCGCCUCCCCCCCACCCCCCCCCCCCCCCCCCCCCCCCCCCCCCCCCCCCCCCCCCCCCCCACCCCCCCCAACAUUAAUAAUACUCCGCUAUACAUACAAGCCUCACGCCCCGCUCCCCUUCACGCCCCGCUUCCCCUCAACGCCCCCCCCCCCGCCCCAGCUGCUCAAAACUCACAUUUUGCCAAGUCCAGUAGUAAAACCCACAAUCGUUUCUAAAAAAACGAAACAAAAUAAACUUCAUGAAAGGGAAUGAUUUAUGACAGUUUUUCAAACGUUUUCCCAUAAUUUCAUUGCAAAUAAUAUCAAAUCUUCUUUUCAAACAGAUGACUCGCACGAACUUUGAACCAGAGCAUUGAAACACCCCGUGCGCUUCAGGGCAAUCCGUAGUCAAGACAUCUCGUCACCAUGACGACAGUAAUCAGCGGUAAGCUAUCGGCCCAAGACUACAUCAAGCUGCCGAAUGCUACCAUCAAAUACGGACUCUUGCGUAAGAAAAAGGAAAAGCUGAGCUUCGGGAAAUGGCCUCGGCGGUUUCUGAUUCUGCUCAACGACUCCAUCAACGUGUACAAGGACGAGAACUCCAAGGUCCCAAAUUCGUCGUUCUCUCUCAAGGGAUACAACCGCGUCAAGAGAGCCGAAUCCAAGGGACAGGAAUGGUGCUUUUCAAUCUGCCCCGCCAGCAACCACGAAAACAAGGUCAAGACCUUCGCCUGCCUCAGCGAGCAGGAGAGGAAAGAGUGGAUGCGGGCCAUCAAGCGUCAGCUGUGCGCCGUCAACAACGCGGACGGCCCCGAUUCGACGAUCUUGGACAAGUUCAGAUCGAUCUCCUUCUCGCAGGACGACGGGGAGGAAUACAACACCAUCGAGGAGGCCGUGCACUUACCCGAGGGGGCCAUCACCGAACUCCACAGCGAUUCGGAAGAAGAGAGCAGUUCGUCUGAUUCCGGUAGUGGAGGGAGCCACAGUUUCCUCCCCGGUAAGUCCAAGUCGUUUACUUUGCCCAAGGGCACCACCUACGACGAUGGAGCCACCGUGUGCAAAUCGUCAAAUGCCAGUAAACUCGACCCGAAGAUUCCGGGGCAGAGUAAGGACAUUGGGAUCGUGGGGACAGAGCCACGGGUAAAGCUCCCCAUGUCCAGGUCGAUGUCUGAGUCCAUACCUCAGCUGCCCCCUCCGCGUUACAGUGACGUCAUGGAUGACGCUCGACCUGAUUACGUCAACGUGGACAACCUGGAGGAAACGUACGAGAUGCCGUCCGACUUCAUUCGUCCUACUCUGGAGGGGCUGUGCACGGUCCACGACGAGCACCCCGACCUGGAGAAGAUCAACGGUCUCCUCAAGGCCAAGAAGGAGCCCGGAACGUAUUUGAUAAGGAAAUCGAGAAAAGAUGAACAGAAGGUCCUGGUGGUGCUGGACGACUUGGGGCAGUGCCGAGCGUAUAAAAUCUUCUCGCACGGCUCAGACAUAACGCUUGAUAAGAUUGUGACUUUUCAAUGUUUGGACGAUUUGCUGAAGAAUUAUACCGAGAAGUCGCCUUUGCCUACGACAAACAUGUAUCUCAAGAAAGGAAUUUAUGGCUGAGCUUAAGUCGAAUAUCGGAUCAUGUUUAGAGAUGUGGGGGAAUGUGAGGCUUUUGUGCAACAGGUCGGCAAUUUGUUUUACAUUUAACACUUUUUCAUGUGAGGCGUCCCCGUGAGGUGUUCAUGUCAGGCGUUCCCGUGAGGCGUUCAUGUAUCGUUAAUCAUUAACACGGUAUUUUUUAAAAUGUUUAUAAACUGAUUAAACGCCAUGAUCCUGCCAUUACAAAAAAAAAAAACAUUAAUAAUAAUAACAUGUCAUGUAUGUCAUGUUAGAAAUCAAGAUGAUUGCAAACGAUAGUUUGAACACCAUCAAAUAAACACCAGCACAGAGACAACAUUACAAAAACUACAAUGUGAUAAACUCAUUGUCUUAAACAGUAUUGUGAAGAAAAAAAAUUGACAAUUUUAUCAGGAAUCAUCUCGAUGUUUUAGGGUGGUGAGAAAUCAAAUCACCUUUAGUCCUGUAGUCCUGGUAGGACUAAAAAGACAAGGGCUCUAAGUAGGAGACAGGGUAGAGUGGACGUUUAACUCUUCAUGUUAACACAGCCGGAGACAAAUAAUUUAGUAAACCCCAAAUACUUUUUGUAUCGACAUAAUCAUUGGAGUCAGUGUUUCUUUCAGAAAUUUUCCCCCGGAGGGGCACUUCAGAUUUUUCAGGGGGGGGGGGCAGUGCCAGCAGUUCCAGUUGAUUUAUUGUUGGACAUAUUUUUGCUCCGGGGGCACUGCCCCCCCCCCCCCGGAAUAUACCUUAAAGAAACCCUGAUUGGGGUUAGUCUUUCUUUUAUCUACUAAAAAAACUGAAUUAAAAAAAUUUUCAUUUAAAAACAUUUUUUUCUGUGUUUUUUAUUGUUGUUGGCAAUAUUUUUGCUCCGGGGGCACUGCCCCCCCCCCCCCCGAGAUAUAGCUGAAAGAAACCCUGAUUGGAGUUAGUCUUUCUGUUAUCUACUAGAACAACUGAAUUAAAUAUAUUUUCAUGUAAAUACAUUUUUUUCUGUGUUUUUUGUAGCGAGUUCUGUCAUUAAAUUCUGAAUGUAGAAAUCGCUGCAAAUUAUAUGACA